CUCAGCGAAAUAUAGAGAAGACCGUAUUGGCACCAUUACUGAAAUCAUUAAGGCAAUAAAAGUAGUCAAACUAUAUUGCUGGGAAAAACCAUUCGGAGAGCGUUUGAGGAACGAAAGGAGGCUUGAAGUGGUAGAGCAGAAACAAGUUCUUAACAUACAUUUUGUUCAAGAUACCCUGACAUUUGUUUCCAAAUUAUUUUACCUUUUGCCUGUGAUAAUAUGGAUGAUGUAUAUCUCUGUAGACCUCCGUGCAUCCAGUGUGUUUUUGGCUCUAAGAAUAUAUGACCACGCUGGUCUUAUCGUUGGUAGACGCAUGUCUCGUGCGUACACUUCACUCGUUAAAACAUUGGAUGUCAAUUUAGAGGAAAUACAGAAAUUUUUGCUGCUUGACAAAUGGAUUGAAAGAACACAUACAAAUAUUGAACCAGUAAAUAAUGCAUCUGUUGAUAUCAACAUCGAACGUGCACAAUGGCAGGUGGACUCUCGAAAUGUUACUUUAAAGAAUGUAUCAGCAAGAGUUGAGCAAGGAAAGGUGUUGACAAUUGUAGGUCCUGUCGGUUGUGGAAAGUCUUCUUUGCUGAUGGCAAUACUGAAUGAACUCAAAGUAAUAGUUGGUGAUAUAAAUGUGCAUGGUCGGGUGGCAUAUGCUAGCCAACAACCAUGGUUAUUUUCUGGAUCUGUAAAGAAGAAUAUUACAGUUGGUGAAACAAAUUUUGACAACGACAAAUACCAGCAAAUAAUAACAGCAUGUGCUUUAGACGAGGAUUUCCGGAGGAUGGUUAAUGAGGAGAAAACAUUGAAUGGUGACCGCGGCGUGACCCUAAGCGGCGGCCAAAAGUCACGUGUCAAUCUGGCACGUGCACUUUAUUGCGAUGCCGACAUUUAUUUGCUUGAUGAUCCGCUUAGUGCUGUUGACUCUGAGACUGGACAACAUAUCUAUAAAAAUGUUAUACAAGGUCUUCUGAAAGAUAAAAUAACAAUUUUGGUCACUCAUCAAAGACAGUUCAUAAAGCUCUCCGAUGAAGUCAUUUUCAUUUCUAAGGACGGGUCAAUGGAGAGAAAAAUGGGAAAAGAAAAGCUUCAAACAUUAAGUGAUUCUGAAAUAGAUGGGUUUUCAGGACUUGAAACGAAAAAUGUUAACAGAAAUAACAGCAGAUUGGACGGCGCUAAUGAACAGAUGAAACAAAAGGAAGCCUCAGACAAAUUGGAAUCAUCUAAAAUCGACAUGACGUCUGAAACUCCACAAAAGCGGGCAGAAGAAGAGAGUCAUGAAAAAACAGUGAAAUUAUCUGCAUAUUCUAAAUACCUUCACGCUGGAGCAAGCACCCCCAUUCUCCUUAUUAUGGUUUUUGCAUUCUUUGCAACACAGGCAUUGUUUAUUUUUGGUGACAAAUGGCUUUCUAUUUGGGCAGAUGAAGAAGAAAAAAAAUAUGCUGCCAUUAUGACCAAAAAGAAAUUGUUAACCGAAGGUUUUGCAAACGUAACAGUUGUGACUCUACCAGUCGUGAACACACAUUUCUAUAUCUCAAUAUAUGGUAUCAUCGCAUUUGCAGUGAUCGCAUUUGGUCUAAUACGUGCCAAACUGUUCUUAGAAGUUACGUUAAACGCAUCAAAAAAUCUUCAUAACAACAUGUUUGACAGUAUUCUGGCCACAAGAAUGGACUUUUUCGAGAACGACUCUGUCACAGGACAAAUUCUAAACAGAUUUUCAAGAGAUGUAAGACAACUUGACGCGGCCUUGCCAAAAACAUUAUACGAAUUUCUACAGUGCGCUUUCAUUGUGAUUGGUAUAAUUGUUGUUGCUGGAAUGGCAGUUCCUUGGGUUUACAUUAUUCUCGUUCCACUGUGUCUAUGUUUUGUAAUAUGCAGAUCUUAUUUCGUCAAAACAUCAACCCAGAUACGUCGACUUCAAAGGACAACAUUAAGCCCUGUAAAGGGCCAUGUCACUACUACACACGAAGGAAUCUACACAAUCCGUGCGUGUAAAGCACAGGAAAACAUGAUUAAGAUAUAUGAUAACUUCCAAGACGAUCACAUUAAGCCUACAUCACUUUCCCUAUCAGUUGGGCGUUGGUUUGCAGUAAGACUAGACCUUCUAUGCGCCAUUUUUGUAAUCGUAGUAUCUUUCGUUUGUGUAGCAGAGGGUGAUGGACUGGAUGCUGGUUUAGUAGGACUUUCAAUCACAUAUACAAUGUCUUUAAUGGCUUUAUUUCAAUUGUGUGUUCGACAGAGCACAGAAGUCGAGAACCAGAUGGUCUCGGUUGAACGCGCUUUAGAAUACAUUAAUCUCCCGCCCGAAUCUACCACUGGUAAAAUUCCAUAUCGUGACUGGCCUAAGACGGGUGGUAUAUCAUUUAGAGGGGCAAGUCUUAAAUACCCUGGAAACGACAGACCCGCUCUGGAAGACUUAUAUUUCACCAUCAGAGAUAAGGAAAAGGUAGGAAUUGUGGGCAGAACCGGAGCCGGCAAAAGCUCUUUGAUCACAAUGUUAUUCCGCUUAGUAGAACCAGAUGGCUAUAUUUCGAUAGACGGUGAGGACAUUAAAGAAAUAGAUCUUCAUGCCCUGAGAAAACAGAUAGCCAUUGUUCCACAGGACCCGGUACUGUUCUCUGAAUCGUUGAGAAAAAAUGUAGAUCCAUUUGGUGAUUAUCAAGAUGAAGAGAUUUGGAAUGCAUUGCACGAGGUGCAGCUGAAAGAAGAGAUUAAACGGUUGGAUAAAGGUCUGGACUAUAGAGUUUCUGAAGGUGGUAGUAAUUUUAGUGUUGGACAACGCCAGCUAAUUUGCCUAGCACGAGUUCUUUUGCUGAAUAGGAAAAUAGUCAUAAUUGAUGAAGCGACAGCCAAUGUUGAUAACCAAACGGACGCUAAAAUUCAAGGUGUGAUAAAAGGGAAAUUUAAGAACUGUACAGUUCUAACUAUUGCUCAUAGGCUGAUAACAGUUAUGGAUUCUCACAGAAUUCUGGUAUGAUUUAUUUCUGUUAAAGGUAGCCUGAACACGGUGUU